CUACGCUUCAAUAUUUAUUAUGCCGGAGGUAAUAAAUAUUCAUUUUUAGAUGGAUUGUUCCUGCAUAUGACAUGAGUCACAUUUGGAGCAAUUGCAACAACGAUGAAUGGAAGGAUAUAGGCGUUCCAUCUUUCCCAUGAACCACCCUAUGGACAUGUGGAUGCCAUGGAUUGCCAUCAAAAAGACAUAACAUCUUUUGCCAUACAAUGGACAUUAAAUCUUUAGCCUUGUCUUUUGCUGUACAGAAGACAUGAUGUCUUUUGCCAUAAAAUAAUGCCAUCUUUAAUGCAAAUUAUGAGCUUAAUUUGCGCCAUGGCGAGGAAAUCCAUACCACAAAAGAUCUUCAAGUUGAUGUUGUUCACUGUGCUAGCUGUCCUCUUGUACUCACUUACGGCAAACAUAACUCAGAAGACUCAUGAAGACAAACUUGGGCCUGCUUUCACCCUCAUUAGCAACUUGGAUUCACAUUUAGAUGAUCUUAAAAGCUUUGAUGAUGUAGCAGAUGAGCAGAAAAUCUCGUUGAUGGACAGAUUAAGAAAUGGUAUCAACAGCUUGAUGAAAAAUUGUCGAGACUCAGAUGAACAUAGGAAAAACUGUGAUGAAAAAUAUAAAAGUACUCAAAAAAAGAUUUUGACUAUAUUUACAACUUUUGUUUAUGAAAAAGAGAAAUUUCCUAUCAACAAUAAAACAUUGCAUAAUUGGAAAAUGCUACCAAAUGUGAAUGUUGUUGUCUUUAGUGAUUCGGAAGAAGUGAAAUAUGUUUGUAACAAAGUGGGUGUGCAUGUUUUGAAAGUGACUGAUGCAGCUACUGGGGUACCAGUCCUACCAAGUAUGUUUCUUGAUGCAAAGAAACAGUUUUCAAGUACAUUUUACGCAUAUGCCAACGGUGAUCUCUUGUUUUCUGACAAUCUUAUAAACACAUUGAAAACAAUAUCAUGUAAUCUACCAACACUUUAUCAGAAGACAAAAGGAUUGUUAAUUGUAGGACGUCGAAGAAAUAUUCCUGCAACUGUUAUAACAGAUCACAGUGCCAUAUCGUGGUCAGAGCUAUAUUUUCUUUCAAAAAAAUAUGAAAAACUCUUUCAGACCGAUGCCGAAGAUUAUUUUAUAUCAGACGAGGCUUAUCCAUGGGAAAACUUUCAGCCUGUAGUUGUUGGUAGACGAGGCUAUGAUAACUGGGUGGUUGCUUACUCUCGUUACUUAAAUAUAACUGUGAUAGAUGCCUCAGAAAGUGUUCUUUGUCUUCAUCAGACAUUAGCCACAAGGGGAAAUUAUGAAGGCCUGCACAAGGGUGACUAUAAUCUUGAUCUUCUAUACAAGCAGGAUGUUCCAUUUUAUUUUGGAGAUUGGGGAAGAACGUUUUGCUCAAUGUACAAAACUUGGCACGAUCUCUGUGGAAAUUUGGUGAUUUCAAGAAGAAAAAAGAUUGAAAAGAUGUGCUUUGAUUUUAAGUGGAAGAGUCAACUAUCUCAGUUGCUUUUUGGUGGUAAUUAGAUACAAGGUUUAUCGAGAACAGUUUCCCAAAUCAAUUCUGUGAAGUACUCAGUAAAAAUCAAUUAUCCAUCAUGAGUUUAUUCAAAGGGAGUUAGGGAAUUUGGUUAAAUUUUAUUCAUUAACUUUAUUCAAAACCUCAUAAGCAGUCAUUUAAAUUCUUGAGGAAAAAGCAGCAAAGAAAAUCAGCUUCUUUAUUGUGUCGCCUCAUAAGUUAUUGUAGUUAUAUCAUAUUAGUAACUCUAGAUGACCCUUUGCAUUUAUAAGUAGUCUUUUAUAUACAAUUUCUGAAGUUAUUUACAUGUAUAUACCAUAUUCAUGAAAGAUUAAUUGUGGGAUAAAUUGCCAUACCUCAAGCUCCAACGCUUUUGCAAUUUUGUGAAUAACAAAAUUGUUAUACAAUCUUGAUGAAUCUCAAUGACAGUGAUUGUUGGCAUAAACUAAUAUCCCGGUCAUGUUUGAUGAUGUAGUAAAUUGCCUCAUAAACUCCAGAUGUUUGCCCCUUUUAUAUAUUUUUUUGUUGGUUAAUGUAUUUUUUAUUUAGUGUUUGCAAUGACUAACUAUUUAUUAUUUAAUCAUGGUGAAACUUGGCAACAGAGUCUGUGGGCAUUACUGAAUGUCUAGUACCAUCCAGAGGUUCAAUGUAGCUGGCCUCAGUAUAAUCUCCAGAGUUACUGUAAAUUACUUGCAUGUAAACAAUUGAUUAUUAUCCAACCAUUAUCCAUUCAGGUUUUUACUUAGUGACAAUGUUUGUAGGCAUUUGAUUUUUACCAAACUUAGACAGUAGUUAAAUAUUGAUGAAACCUCAGAUCUCAAGUUCCUUUCGAAGACCAGCCAGAUCGGCCCAUGCAUGACUCUGUGCUCCAACUAGACAUAAAUAGCAAGGGAUGCCCCGCUGCCUUUUCCUGGUACCCUGCUGCCAUUUUACUAUGCCCUGCAGUACCAUUUAGCAUAAACUUAGUUUCUAUGACAGUUUCAAACUAUUUUUGAUAUUUAAUUUGUCAUAUUGUAAAAUAAUUUUUUAGAAAUAAGUUUAAAAAUAAUAUAUAUAUACAUAAUUUUGACACUAAAGUAAAGAUAACAGCUAAGGUAUUCAUAACAAACUAUUAGUAUUGAAAGUAGUUACAACACAAACACAAUAUGAAUUGAACAUUGAACCUUGCAAGUACCCGAUUAAGUCUCAUUUAAUGGGCGUCAUCGUGCCCUUUCUGACCACCCUGCCCUUUUCAAAUCAUUGCUGGAGCACUGUCACUGGAUUAUGGUCCUUUAAAUUGUCAAAAUUGCUAAAAUUGAGAUUGUGAACACAAUAAUAUAGCCUCUGUUUAUUAUCCAGUGUUUACUUAAUUUAAACAGAAGUUAUAUUUUGACUUAAUCAUAGUCCCCAUUGAAAUCCAGGCAGAUCAACCCAUGCAUGACUUGAUUAUGGCCCUUGAAAUUAUUUAAAUUGCUAUAAUUGAGCUUGUGAACUCAAUAGAGGCUCCAAUUACUCACUAGUUUGUUAUUGACUUAAUCACAGUUUCUCUUGAAAACCAACCAAACUUGCUCACAUGACUGAGUUAUUGCCCCUUGAAAUUAACAAAGAUACUGUAAUCAAUCGAGCCUCCAUAUUCACAUUGUUCAUUUUAAGUUACAAGACUUUAAUGGCUCCAACGCCUACAACUAGCAUGAAAUCAGAACUAUCAGUAUGUUGCCUUGUAUGGGCCAUAUCUUGAAAAGCUCUUUGAGAUUGAAAUGAAAUAUAGAUAGAUUGCAAUGGCAUUAUAUAAUGUUUUAGUAUCCAUAUUCACACUAUGUGAUUUUCAUUUGGUGCUUUUUUAUUUAAUUGUUUGAAAGUUAUGAAAUUUAAUUUUCAAACCUGCAUUCUUUUCAUUUAUGUUGUGUUUAAUAAUGCUACAACCAUUUACCUUCUACCAGCACAUUGUAUUACAUUUUUUGCCAUUUCAUAGAAAAUGGGUGUUUGGGGACAAUCAAUCGCUUUCCGCGAUACUCUUGUUUGAUAUAGUGUACAGUAAUUUAGGGUCAGGCUACCCAAUACACAUUUCAUGUUUUAAUAAAAAACAGGAAGUGUGAUACAUAUUGAGUCCAAGGAAUGUUUAAGGAUUUUAUUACGAGCAACAUUAAAUUAUUAUUUAGCUUGUUUGUCUUUAUGUUGAAUAAUUUGAAAUAAAUCUGAAUUAAAAGUUAAUAAGUUGAUUACACUAAGGAAGUUAAAAUUGCUCAAAUUCAUGAUCUUUUCUAGCAGGAUUUGUUGAAAAUUGUAGAUGCCAAGCACUGUUGUAAGAAUACAGUAAGAAUUGAUGACUAUAUAUAGCCUACAUUUUUGUUUGGUAUCAGUUUCAGUUAUUCUAUUGUGUUAUCUAUUAAGUUUUGCAUGUUACUUUCGAAACUCCUCAGCCAUUAUUAUCAAAAAUAAACUUGGAUGUAUGCCGGUACAUAUGUGGAAGAAGUUCUUAAUUGUUUUAAUUAUAUCAUUAAUUAAACAUUGUGCACUAGCUUGUAUCUGAAGAUCUAAGUUUUAAUUGAUUGCCAGUGAAGUGUAUCAUUGCAAACAUAAGAUUUCCAAGAGUUAAUUCAUUAAGUUUAACAGCUAAAUUUAAUUACUAAGGGAUCUACUUGCAGCAGACUUAAACAUACUGCUUUUUUGAGUAUGUAAACCGACCAAAUACAUCCAAGGUUGUUUUCAAUAAAAAAGACCGAGGUGCUCCUGAUCUGCAUGUUGGUGCUUAGGUAAAAAUUCUCCGGGUUCUUCUAUGCUGUUGUUUAUCUGGUAAGCAGGGAGGAACUAGAAUAAUGAUAUACUAGUUUAGCAAAAAAACUUUAUAACUAAGAUAUUGUAUACAGAUAUAGGAAUAUCUGUAUUAUAAUAGGAUUAAUAGUAUACACAGAGGAUUAAUAGUAUACACAGAGGAUUAAUAGUAUACAUAGAGGAUUAAUAGUAUACACAGUAUUGUUAUUUAAAUGUUGUUAUCGUACAUGCCAACAUAGUUUUGAAUGGUCUCGAGUAUUGUCAUGGAAAUGAUUGCCUUUACAUGAUAUCUAAAGGAUAAUGUCACAUUCACAAUUUUGGUGUUUGCAUUUCAAUAUUUCAAAUUAUAGGUUUAUUAUGGAGGUCAGUUUUUGUGUUUUGUAGUUUGACUCUUUAUUUUGAUUAAUUUCAGUUCAUCAAUAAUAUCAAACAUCCCUUAUUGUUAGGGCUAGUCAUAUGAAUAACGUUUUUUUUUUACUUUUGAAGUAGCCGAUAAGAACAAAAGAACACAUAAAUGAUUUCUUCUUUUAAUAGGUUUUGAUGAUCUGAUCGAUAAUCUGAGAUUUUACAAUACUGGUUUCAGAAGUGAUACAUGUUGAUACAGAGGGUUGUCGUCUGAAUAACGGGUAUUUACUUUUGUAGUAUGCGGCAUUAACGGUUGCAAGAGUGGAUGCAUUUUAUUAUAUGUAUAUUGUAUAUUGAUGGCCAGUUUUGUCAAAUAAUGUUUUCUUUGUAACACCUUAUAAAUUAAUUGUAUUCACCACUACACCAUUAUUGUAGUAAAUUUUUUAAAAUUACCCACACAUAGAGCCAACAAGAUCAAAAUAACAUAUAAAUGAAUCUUCUUUUUAUAGGUUAUAAAAACCAAAAGUGAAAUGAUGAUAAAAUAUACAGGAAAAAUAAUUGAAUGACCUGAAUAAUCUUUCUUUAUUUCUCUAAUGAUAUAUCGCAAUAACGCUCAGUAUCUUCUUUCUUUUUUUCUAAUGAUAUAUUGCGAUAACGCUCAGUAUCUUCUUUCUUUUUUUUCUAAUGAUAUAUUGCGAUUACGCUCGUUACUUUCUUUUUCCUAAUGAUAUAUAGCUGUAACGCUCAUUAAAUAUUGUGAUAAGUUUUGGCUAAUAAUAGUCGUCCAUACAACUAUAAGCAAUCCAGCAGAUAAAUUUUCUACAAAUUUAAUGCUUUUAAAAUUAUUAGGAUUCUAAUUCUAUGAAAGAAUAUGUACAUGUAGUUCCAUAUAAACGCGCAUCAAAAUGUAUUUAUUGUAUAUGUGUUAUUAGAUUUCUUUAGUAUUAGUAGUUCCUCAAGGUAUUUGUUUGUUUCUUUGCAUCCAUCUUGGAUGUUUUCUUGAUACCAUGGUAACCACUCUUCCUACAAGUGAACUUCAGAUAUAUCCAAGAUAAAUAUGCCAAGAAAUCCUCUGGACAAAACGCUCUGGCCCCUAUUUCUCAAAACUUCUUAAACUUAACAGGCUUAAGUAGCUUAUUUCAAAAAGCCAAACUACAUACUUAAAUUGAAUUUUGAUAAGUGAAAAAUGGUUAAUUGUGAUUAUCAUACAGAUAAUUCCUAUUUAAAGUUAUAAAUCUCUUAAAGAAGUAAAUAUUACGCAAAAAAUUAAAAUACAAAAAUAGUGAGCUUAGCUUUAUCCUGUUAUAAGGGACUUAAGAGGUUUCGAGAAAUUGGGUCCUGGACAAAACAUAAUUUCACAAAGACCUCCAAGGCCUAGUCUAGCAGUAUUUGUAUGUUUUGUUUUUAUUCUAUUAUAUAUACAAGUAAUAAAAUGUAAAAGUGUG